UGUGACAGCUCACUGUCAUUUUAACCGUCCUUGUCAUUUUCGCUUGUACUUUUCUAAUCACGAAAAAAUCCUUCCGUAUCUUCGCGUGCCAGCGACCUUGCUAGGGUCGCAGCGCCUUAAACGCCUGCUCAAGUGGUGGGGUCUGACUGUGCUCCCAGGGGCACCAGGCCAAGGCGCCAGGGUCCCGAGCCCACGCUCGCGGAGGCGGCUGCCCGAUGCUCCCGAGUGCGUCUCUGGGGCGCGGGAGGCUGCGAGAGCUCGGGCGAGGGGGGACCUGCGGAGCCCAGCGUGGCCCCGAUCCGGCGGCUCGGUUCCGAUAGGCGCCGAGCCUGGGGCAGGUGGAGGGAGCAGCAGGAGGGCCCCGCAGCUGGGUCGGGGACCCUGGGAGGCCGCAGCGGCUGCGCUCGGAGCAAGCAGGGGCGCAGGGUCUGGAGGCGCUGCGCCCCCUGCCCGGCGCUCGCUAGCCCCGCUGGGUCGGACGCGCGCCGCGUGCCCAGCUGCGCAGCGGCGGGAUGGAGGAAGAGCUGGCGUGGGAGACCCACGGCCUGCUCCCUCUGGAGCGGCAGCUGCAUGAGGCUGCCCGCCAGAACCACGUCGGGAGGAUGAAGGAGCUGAUGAGGAGGAGAGUGAACGUCAGGGCCAGAAACCACGCGGGCAGAGUGGCCCUGCACUGGGCCGCAGGCGCGGGGCACGAGCAGGCAGUGCGGCUGCUCCUGGAGCACGAGGCGGCUGUGGACGACGAAGAUGCGUUCGGGAUGAAUGCGCUCCUCCUGUCUGCCUGGUUCGGUCACCUGCGGAUCCUGCAGAUCCUGGUCCACUCCGGGGCCAAGGUCCACUGUGAGAACAAGGCUGCAGGGACCACCUGGGCUUGUUUCCAGGACGGCCUGACCUUGCUGCACUGCGCAGCCCAGAAAGGCCACGUGCCUGUACUGGCAUUCAUGAUGGAGGACCUGGAGGACGUGGCCCUGGACCAGGCGGACAAGCUGGGCAGGACAGCGUUCCACAGGGCUGCUGAACACGGGCAACUGGAGGCUCUGGACUUCCUCGUGGGCUCUGGCUGUGACCACAGUGUCAAAGACAAGGAGGGGAACACGGCCCUUCACCUGGCUGCCGGCCGGGGCCACGUGGCGGUGUUGCAGCGGUUGGUGGAACUGGGGCUGCACCUCGAGGCCAGGACCACGGAAGGGCUGACCGCGCUGCAUGCGGCUGCAGAAGGCGCCCACCCCGAUUGCGUGCAGCUCCUCCUCCGCGCUGGCAGCGACCCCAACGCCCUCACCCAGAAGAAGCGGAGCUGCCUGCACUAUGCGGCCCUCACGGGCUCUGAGGACGUGUCCAGGGCUCUGAUCCACACGGGAGGCUGCACCAACGUGGCGGAUCAUGGUGCCUCGCCCAUGCACCUCGCCGUGCGGCACAACUUCCCCGCCCUGGUCCAGCUCCUCAUCAAUGCCCACGCCGACCUGGACGCCACCGACAACAGGCAGCAGACGCCCCUGCACCUGGCCGCUGAGCUCGCCUGCCAGGAGGUCGCCGAGCUGCUCCUGGUCGCGGGGGUUGACCUGAGCCUGAGAGAUAAGCAAGGAAAAACCGCCCUGGCAGUGGCUGCCCGUGGCAACCAUGUCAGCCUGGUGGACAUGAUCAUAAAGGCUGAUCGCUUCUACAGAUGGGAGAAGGAGCGCCUGCCGGGCAGGGACCCCCGGGAGCCCCCGAGGAAGAGCCUGACUUUCAGGCAGGACCACCGGCAGGAGACGCAGCAGCUGCGCUCCGAGCUGUGGCGCCUGGCGUCCAGGCGGCUGCGGCCCCACGAGUGGAAGAGGCUGGCGCGUGCCUGGGAGUUCACCGAGGCCCAGCUGGACGCCAUCGAGCAGCAGUGGACAGGCACCAAGAGCUACCAGGAGCACGGCCACAGGAUGUUGCUCAUCUGGCUGCACGGCGUGGCCAUCGCCGGCGAGAACCCGGGCAGAGAGCUGUUCCAGGGCCUCGUGGCCAUUGGCAGGCGGGACCUGGCGGAAAGCAUGAGGAAGAAGGCAAACGCAGAGCCAAGCGGCCCCAGGAUGUGCGCAGCCAUGUGACUGGAGGGGCCGGCCCUUGGGUGUGGGGCCACCUCAACGGAAGAGGGCUGCCAUUUAAGGGCACAUCUUAGCAGGAGCACAGCACGGCCCGAGGAGGAGCUGCGCGUUUCCCAGGUCACACUGCCGAUCGGGCACCGAGGUCAGUGCCAAACCCAGCAGUCCGCCCAGCCAUCACUUCCGGAAUGGACUGCCCGUGACUCCCUUCACCGGCUUUUAGAACGCCACGCUCCACUUCCCAUCCAGCUCCCUGCUGAUGGCCUGGGAAAGCAGCGGAACGUGGCCCAGGUGCAGGGAGACCCGGAUGAAGCUUCUGGCUCCUGGCUUUUGCCUGCCCCAGCCCUGGCUGCUGUGGCCAUGUGGGGAGUGAACCAGCAGGUGGAAGAUCUCUGUCUCUCCCUCUCUGUAACUCUGCUUUUCAAAUACAUUUUAAAAAUCUUACAAAAAAGAAAAAAACAAUGCCAUGCUUACUCCACAGCUAUUUCUAUUUACAGAUUACUUCUACACGUUGAAAGUCCUCAUUUUUCCCUCUUGUAUUAUAAUUUGUAAAAGUUUUAAAACUAUUUUGAGGUCAUUCCACUUACAAAAAAUUUACAGAAAUAUACAAAGAGUUUCUGAAUGCUCCUCACACAGCUUCCUCAAAUACUGACUUCUUACGUAGCUAUAGUAUAAUUUUUCAAAGCUAGGAAAUUAAUAAUGAUACAGUUAUUAAUUAAUCUGCAGAUGUUAUUCAAAUUUUUUUAGUUGAACCAUUUAGGUCGUUCUGCUGCCCAGGAUGACAAAUUGCUUUUAGUCGUCAUUCCUCUGAAUUUUUAAAAAAUACCUCUAUUUCUUUGGGAGGCCAAGGGGAGAGAGCCAUCAUGGCUGCCUCCCAGGGUCUGCACCGGUGGGAAGCAGAGCCAGGCUCAGUGGUUGGAUCCAGGUGUUCCAGUGUGGAUGCUGGCGACCCCCCAGCAGCUGAGCCACGAGACAACUCCCUGCCCUCCUCACUUUCCCAAGCCCCAUACAACGCGUCCGCUCUGUGGAACAGCACUGUGGGGCUCCAGGGUGGAGGGCGCACGUGGGAAAAUCCCCUGAGAGGCAGCUGGGCAUUAUCUAUCCAAAUUAUAAACGCCUUUCCCCUCGGCCCAGCAGUCCCACUUGUAGGAUGCACCUGUAUGUGUUCAAAAGGACAGAUAAAUGCCAGUACUUGCUGCCAUAUUGUUUGGAAAAACAAAUGACCGGAAAGGAUCCAAGCAGCCUUCCACAGGGGACGGGUGGAACGAGCCGGGAACUGCUCACCAGCCGCCACAACCUGACUAUGAUCGGGCCCCCAAAGAUGUAAGUUAACAGGAGUAAGAAGGUGGAAAUGUGAUCCAAUCGUGGUGUUCAGGGGCUGGCCGGGGAUCACUGGGCGCGUGUCAUGGAAGGCAGGUCUCAGAGAAGGUUGUAUAAAAACCCGAGUCUGGGCCUGCCACUUUGCUUCCUGUCUGCUCAGCACGGGAUCCAUUACCGCCUGCUGCCCUCCUCCGAGGCCAAACCAAUGGAGCCACCAGUCCUGGACUAAAUACAGCUGAGAGCUAAAUAAACCUGCUCACUUUACAAAGUUAGUUGUCUUGGGUAUUUCACUGGACUGACAGACAGCUGACUCAUACACUAAUUCA